AUGCUUCGCAAUUGUGGCUGCUUUCAGCGGGCGCGGCGUAGUUCCAGCUUCGAGGACUCGUCAUCCUGCCGGUCGUCGGAGAUUGAGCGGGGUGGCGAAAUGACACCGCACAGUGGCAGCCUGCUGAAGCUGUUCACCUCCAAGGGUUGGUGCAGGCAGUGGCGCAAGAGUGGUCGCGGCAUGAGCAUGACCAAGAUCGAGCGAACAAUGAAGGCGGCCAUCCUUAUACAGCGUUGGUAUCGACGGUUUCUAGCCCGGAUUGAGAUUCGGCGGCGUUACACGUGGACCAUCUUCCAGAGUAUUGAAUAUGCGGGUGAACAAGACCAAGUACGGCUGUACAACUUUUUCAACGCACUACUUACGCACAUUCCAGAGACUGCCGGACGUCCGCUGGACUCGCAAAACACAUCCCGUUCGUCGUCCGCAGAGGCACUGAAUAUGAAAUUUUCCGACGAAUCGGACGAUCUAGCCGACGAGGGUAUUACCGGACCGGAGCGUGGCUAUCAGGGGCCGGAGAUCAAGUUCCCGCUCGACAAGAAAGAGCUGGAAGUGAUUAUCGAUCUGUUCCGGAAGAAGAAAAACCGACUGCACGCCAAGUACGUGGCCGGGAUACUGCGGGAGGCGACCUCGAAGUUGAAGCGUUUGCCCAACCUGAACCAGGCCUCUACCGCCAUCUCGAAGCAGGUUACGAUCUGUGGUGAUUUGCACGGAAAGCUGGACGAUCUGCUGGUCGUGUUCCAUAAGAACGGACUACCAUCGCCGGAAAACCCGUACGUAUUCAACGGGGACUUUGUUGAUCGGGGAAAGAAAGGACUCGAGGUGCUGCUGUUGUUGCUCUGCACGUUUCUGGUGUUCCCGGGCGGUGUGUUCCUGAACCGGGGCAACCACGAGGACACGGUCAUGAACGCUCGGUACGGCUUUAUUCGGGAGGUGCAUCAGAAGUAUAAACACAACGCCGAAAGACUGCUGAAACUCAUCGACGAGGUGUACCGGUGGCUUCCGUUAGGGACGAUAGUUAACAACCGUGUGCUGGUCGUGCAUGGUGGCAUUUCCGACUCAACCGAUCUGGAUCUCAUCCGUAGCCUAGACCGUGGGAAGUAUAUAUCUCUAUUACGGCCGCCAAUUACCGAAAGUACCGCCCCGGGUGCCGAAAUCAUCGAUAAGGUGGAAUGGAAACAGGUGUUCGAUAUUUUGUGGAGCGAUCCGCAGCAUACCGAGGGCUGCCGGCCGAACUCGUUGCGAGGUGCCGGUACGUACUUCGGACCGGACGUAACUAGCAAGUUCCUACAGCGCUACAAGCUACAGUAUCUCGUCCGUUCGCACGAAUGCAAACCGGACGGGCACGAGAUAAUGCACGGCGGGAAGGUCAUUACCAUCUUUUCCGCCUCGAACUACUACGAAAUCGGUUCGAACAAGGGUGCGUAUCUGAAGUUGGAUCCACAGCUAGACACACACUUUGUGAUGUACACGGCGGCCGCCUCUAAAACGAGGAAACUCACAUUCCGGCAGCGUGUCGGGCUGGUGGAAAGCUCAGCGCUACGAGAAUUGGCAGCUAAGCUGCGCGAACGACGAAUAGAGCUGGAGCGGGAGUUCAAAUCGCGUGAUGCGGAAAAUAAGGGUUUACUACCGCUAGCCAAGUGGUGUGAGGCCUUGGAGAGUGCCACCAACCUGGGAUUGCCGUGGCGAAUGCUGAAGGAUAAGCUGGCACCAGCCGAUAAUCCCACUGCCAGUACGGUCGCUACCAUCACGGAAGUCAGCUACCGGAAGACGCUGCAUCUCCUCGACACGGACUCUUUCAAAUCGGCCCAGAACGGUACAGCCUCGGUUGCGGAAUCGCUUUACAAGAACAAGAGCAGCCUGGAAGCCAUCUUUCGCAUCCUGGACAAGGACAACUCGGGCCAGAUCUCGCUGGAAGAGUUCGGUGAGGCGUGCGAGCUGCUGCGACGGCACUUUCCCCACAACACCCACGAGCAGCUGCUCGACAUGUGUCGCAUGAUGGACAUCAACAAGGACGGACUGGUUGAUUUGAACGAAUUCCUGGAAACGUUCCGGCUGUGCGAAAAUGCUAAGGAGCAGCUGCUGAUGAGCCUGGAGGAGCAGGCUAAUGCGGAAAGCAAUGGCAACGGUGCGGGCAACGUGGAGGAGGUCAUCCACCUGACGUCCCAAGCGGUGGCAGCAGCCACCCAGCCCGGUGAGCUUCCGGACCGGAAUGGGAACUGUGCAUCAAAGGCUGUGGAUCACGUCAAGUCGGACGGACGCCGGCGAAGUAAGAAGCGCGCCAGUGGCAAAAGAAGCGAUGGACAGCAGAAUGGAGUGCCGGAAGCGGACGAGGACUCGGACGACUACGAGGACUACGAGGCGGACGAGCAGGCGGAAGAGACCAAGGAGCGGAGCGUCGGAGCAGUGAACGAGAAUUCUCCCAAAGGUCAGCGCUGGGCGGAAGAGGUACGACCAAGGCCAAGGAUAGCUUUUGCGUAGGUGGUAUGCAAUGUGGGUAGGGCGAUCGAAACCCGGCGAAGGAACAUGUCGGGGGUUGCGUGCGGGAAGCGGUUAGGUAUUUUAUAGAAUUUUAAAACGGACAAAAACCAAUACAGACAUGAUGCGAACCAUUUGGGAACAAUGAUUACACCGAUUCUUAGAUGUUAUCGAUCCUAUACACGUUUAAAUGUUACUAAACUAUGCCACAAAUCAGUCAGUGUGAAAUGGAAAAGAAACGCUAGCAAAGAAGAGAGAGAAAAGAAAAACAGAAGCAAAGUAUAACAAAAUGACAACCUGAAACAGUGGGAAGUAGGAUUAGUGAAGCAGAAAAAAGGUUUUACCGAAAGCAUACGCUAGGCAUAGCUAAGCAACAUAUUAAAAUUGAUUACUAAACGAUAAAAUUUAAAACCGAAAGCAACCCACUCAACCGAAACUCGACGGUUUCCUGGUGUUAGUAGCAACCAAAACUAAAUACGCAAUACGUGUCACGUACCGCGAGGAAAGAAAUGUUAGAAAUUAAAUAAUUUAUCAAACAAACAAAUGAAUAGGCCAAAAACGAAAGGUAAAUUAAACUAUGAUUAAAUCAAGUAGAAGAAAACCAACGGAGCAAACCAAUUAGAAGCAACCCAAACAUAAACUUACUAAAUAGCAAACGACAAGCACAUUAACCAUCCACUGCACGGAAUUCCCUUUUUCGAUCUUCAUAUUCAUGAUAGUUGGUCUAGCUUCGCCUAGCAUACUAGCGUACUAGUUGUUAUACAAGAAUUAAGGUACAGGUGUACCAGUUUAGCUAAAUCGCUAUUUGCCGUACUCAUACAUUAUAAAAGACGAAUAUAGCUGUUUUAUAUCGAAUCGACAUUAUAUUAUAGUAUUGCUAAUCCCAAUGAUAUGGCGUUAGGGUUAGGGGUGAGAUGCGAAAAAAAAAAACAUAUGACAAAGUGGAAUAAGAAGGAAAGCUGAAGAGGAAGGUAAAGAAAUGUGUAAAACGAAUUACUAAAGCCAUAAACUAUUUUUAUCAGCAUACAUUAAGUGCAUAACGAAGGUUAAACACGAAGAGUUAACCAAAUGUUGCGAAAUAUCAUCCUCAAGAAUGCCAAAGACGUUACCAACUUUUCUAGCAUGAUGAAACAACAAAAAUGAUCAAAUCAUUUGAAGCUUUAUCGAACGUAAACCCAACACAGCAACUUAACUAAACACAACAGCAUUCAAUAAAAACAAAAUCUCGAAUAGAAUGCUUAGCAGGCGUGUUUUAGGUUUGAUUAUGUUUUGUUUCGAUCUUUAAAUGUCGGUUUAGUUGAUUACCUCGAUAGUACUAACGAUGAGUAUUGCAGGUGUGCGUAAAGUUUUGUUACUCGUAUGCUUUAACGUAAAUAUAGCAAAAGGUUCUCUUUUUUACGAUACCCUUUCAUUGAAAUGAAAACUGUGUUAAGCAUUGCUUAUCGUCGGUAUAAGCAUAAGAACAAAGACUCGUGGUGCGAAACGGGACAGUGAUUGAUAGUGUAAUAAAAUACUGAUUUUUCUUCGUUCUUGGUUCAA